UCAGACUACAACUCCCAGAGGCCUCGCGCGCUGGCUGAUUGGCUGCGCGGCUGCCGGCCCAAGGGGCGCGUGUGCGCGGCUGCCGAUGGCUGCGCUUAGCUUGGCGGUGGGGCUCCGCUUGGCGGCGGCUCUCCGCGGGGCUCACGGGCUCUGCGGGAGGGCGGUGCGCGCGGCGGGGCUGCUGGGUCGCGGCUUCGGGAGUGCCUAUGCCGCGGUCUCCACUGAGAGCCUGCCGCCUACCUUUGGGUUCCUGUUGGACAUCGAUGGGGUGCUGGUGCGGGGCCACAGAGUCAUCCCAGCCGCUCUGGAAGCGUUUCACAGGCUGACGAACGCCCAGGGCCAGUUACGGGUGCCUGUGGUUUUUGUCACAAAUGCUGGGAACAUCUUACAACACAGAAAAGCCCAGGAGCUGUCAGCCCUGCUGGGGUGCAAGGUGGAGCCAGACCAGGUCAUUCUCUCUCACAGCCCCAUGAAGCUCUUUUCACAGUACCAUGACAAGCGGAUGCUGGUAUCUGGGCAGGGACCUGUUGUGGAGAAUGCCCGAGCCCUGGGCUUCCGGAACGUGGUUACCAUGGAGGAGGUGCGGACAGCCUUCCCUGUGCUGGACAUGGUGGACCUCGAGCGGCGGCCGACGGCCACGCCCCUUCUGAGGAGCGACUUCCCGGCCAUUGAAGGCGUGCUCCUCCUUGGGGAGCCAGUCCGCUGGGAGACCAGCCUGCAGCUGAUUGUGGACGUGCUCCUCAGCAAUGGGAACCCUGGCACUGGCCUGGCAACGGCGCCCUAUCCACAUCUCCCUGUCCUGGCCAGCAACAUGGAUCUUCUCUGGAUGGCUGAGGCCAAGAUGCCCAGGUUUGGCCACGGCACCUUCCUGCUUUGCCUGGAAGCCAUCUAUCGGAAAAUGACGGGAAAGGAACUGCGAUAUGAGGGCCUGAUGGGCAAACCCAGCCUGCUCACCUACCAGUACGCAGAGGAGCUGAUCAGGCAACAGGCAGAGAGGCGGGGCUGGACCGCCCCCAUCCGGAAGCUGUACGCCGUGGGUGAUAAUCCUAUGUCCGAUGUCUACGGAGCCAACUUGUUCCACCAGUACCUGCAGAUGGCAGAGCGCAGCGUGCGGGCAGAGCAGCAAGGGGCUGGCGGCCUUCAGAAGCAGCCGCCCUCUGCCACCCAGAGCUGUACCUCCAUCCUGGUGUGCACUGGCGUGUACCGUCCCGGGGAGCCUGGGUCUGGGGAGGCACCAUUCCACGGGCACCGGGAUUUCGGCUGCAGUCCGGGGCUCCUGCAGGCGGCCCAUGUGGUGAAUGACGUGCACGAGGCUAUGCGCCUGGCUUUCCAUGAGGAGGGCUGGGGGUGGUAGUGGGGUGCGCUGGAUCCUGCGCACUGCCUUCUGGCCACAGAAAUGUUCCCUGGGGCCACAUUUCCUGUGGAACUUGAGAUUUCCAGCCUGAUUCCUGUGUGCAUCUCCUGGCAGUCUAACCUCAGGCUGGCCCCUUUACCUCUGUGCCUCAGUUUCCUCCUCCCUUCAGCAGGGACUCCUGCAGAAAGGGAGGCAGUGUGGGGUAGUGUGCAAGUCCCACAGAGCUUUUGCUCUCAGGGAGCCACUUCAUGGCAGCAGGUGUGUAACCAAGUCUCACAUGCUAGUUUUCACUGUAUUUUAGGUUAUUGCCCAGAAAUUUUGGGCUUAUUUUUUUAAAUUAAAGUUACCCUAAUAAAUACUCA